AUGAACAUCUCUGCGGAGUCUAAUCCUCAUUGCUUCACUGCUCAACCGCAAAGGUCAUUCUUGGAAAAUGACAAUGCUAUCAUUUUCAUAGACGAAGACAUGGAAGUUCCAUAUCCGGAUUACAGAAGGCCACUGUACUUGGAAGGACAAAUCAACGAUGUGUUUAUAAAGAGAGCUUUGGUAGACACGGGUUCCUCUGUCAGCAUAUUGCCUCUGUCUAUACUUACGGCAGCUGGCAUUCCAUUAUCCAAAAUCGUGCAAUCUUAA